AUGUCUUGUGCCGCCGCAUUCUCGCUCCUCGUCACGCUCGCCGCUUCCGUUACGCCGGCGGCGUCCCAGGGAGCCGGCGACGCGGCCGUCCUACGCGCAUUCCUCACUUCCCUGCCGCCAGCCUCCCAGCACGUCCUCCUCCCGUCGUGGAACGCCACGACCACCAACAGCAGCGGCGACACCGGGCCGAGCCACUGCGCGUUCCUCGGCGUCCAGUGCACCGCCACGGGCGCGGUCGCGGCGGUGAACCUCUCCGGGCAGGGGCUGUCCGGCGAGCUCGCGGCGUCCGCGCCUCGGCUCUGCGCCCUGCCGGCGCUCGCGACGCUGGACCUGAGCCUGAACAGCUUCACGGGCGCCGUGCCCGCCGCGCUAGCCGAGUGCUCCGCUCUCGCCACGCUCGAACUCAGCAACAACUCCCUCUCGGGCGCCAUCCCGCCAGAGGUCGCCGCGCUCCCGGGGCUCACCUACCUGAGCCUCAGCGGGAACGGCCUCUCUGGGCCGGUCCCGGAGUUCCCGGCACGCUGCGGGCUCCAUUACCUUAUCCUCUACGGCAACCAGAUCACCGGCGAGCUCCCCCGGAGCCUCGGCAACUGCGGCAACCUCACCGUCCUGUUCCUAUCCUCCAACAAGAUCGGGGGCACCCUGCCCGACAUCUUCGGCUUCCUGACCAAGCUGCAGAAGCUGUACCUCGACAGCAACUUGUUCACCGGAGAGCUGCCGGCGAGCAUCGGCGAGCUCGGGAAUCUGGAGAAGUUUACGGCCUCGAUGAAUGGCUUCAAUGGCUCCAUCCCUGAGUCCAUCGGGAAGUGUGGGUCUCUGACAACGCUACUCCUGCACAACAACCAUUUCACCGGCACAAUUCCGGCGGUCAUCGGUAACCUCAGCAGACUGCAGCGGCUCACGAUCAAGGACACGUUCGUCACCGGCGCAAUUCCACCGGAGAUAGGGAAAUGCCAGGAGCUGCUCAUCCUUGACCUGCAGAACAACAACCUUACAGGGAAGAUACCGCCGGAGCUCGCCGAGCUCAAGAAGCUGUGGUCCCUGUCCCUGUACCACAACAUGCUCCAUGGACCUGUGCCUGCAGCACUGUGGCAGAUGCCGCAGCUGGAGAAGCUGGCGCUCUACAACAACAGCCUAAAUGGAGAGAUCCCUGCAGAGAUAAACCACAUGAGCAGCCUGAGAGAUCUCCUCCUGGCAUUCAACAACUUCACCGGCGAGCUCCCACAAGACCUGGGGCUGAACACGACGCAUGGACUUGUUCGGGUUGACGUUAUGGGGAACCACUUCCAUGGCACAAUCCCACCUGGUCUCUGCACCGGAGGUCAGCUCGCCAUUCUUGACCUUGCAUUGAACAGAUUCAGUGGGAGCAUUCCAAAUUUGGGGAUAAACACUGGCUGGUCAUACGUGGAAUUGGGUGGCAAUCAGUUUGAGGGCAGGAUACCAAGUGUGCUCGGUCCAUGGCGGAACCUCACAGUGCUUGAUCUGUCUCGGAACAGCUUCUCUGGUCCCAUACCACCUGAGCUCGGCGCUCUAACCCUUCUUGGCAACCUGAACCUGUCGUCGAACAAGCUGUCCGGACCAAUACCACAUGAGUUGGGAAGCUGCAAGAGACUCGUCCGUCUGGAUCUUCAGAAUAAUCUUCUCAAUGGAAGCAUACCUGCAGAUAUCAUAUCACUCAGCAGCCUGCAGCAUCUUGUACUCAGUGGAAACAAGCUCAGUGGAGAAAUUCCAGACGCCUUCACCUCAACGCAGGGCCUCCUUGAGCUGCAGCUUGGCGACAACUCUUUGAAAGGAGCUAUCCCUUGGAGCUUAGGCAAGCUCCAGUUCAUCUCUCAGAUCAUAAACAUCAGCAGCAACAUGUUGAGUGGCACGAUCCCAAGCAGCCUCGGCAAUCUUCGGAUGCUGGAAAUGCUUGACCUGUCAGAGAACUCCUUGUCUGGCCCGAUCCCACCGCAGCUGAACAACAUGAUCUCGCUCUCUGCGGUGAACGCGUCGUUCAAUCGGCUCUCUGGUCUGCUCCCUGCUGGCUGGGCUAAGCUUGCAGAACGGUCUCCGGAGGGGUUUCUGGGAAAUCCUCAGCUAUGCAUACAGUCUGAAAAUGCACCUUGCUCCAAGAAUCAGUCUAGGAGGCGUAUAAGAAGGAACACACGGAUCAUUAUAGCACUGCUACUGUCAGCUCUGGCUGUCAUGGCUUCUGGGCUGUGUGCAAUUCACUACAUGGUGAAGAGGUCACGGCGGCACCUGUUGGCAAAACAUGUCUCGGUGCGUGGCCUGGACACGACGGAGGAAUUGCCUGAAGACCUGACCUAUGAUGACAUCCUUCGUGCCACUGACAACUGGAGCGAGAACUGCCAGGUUGGUUUACUCUGCAAUCUGCACUCUUCUCUGGGGGCCAUGCACGCGCGCGCUGGGCCAAAGGGAAGGGACAGGCCGCGGAGCGGGCCUGGCGGCUUGGGCUUUGUGCGUCGGAGCGGGCCACGAGAGGAGAUGGGGUUCGGCUGGGCCGUUGGGGAGGCCAAGGCUGUCUGGGCCGAGGGCGCAGAGCUUGCUCCCGGAAGGCGGUGGGCGGUCAAAACGGUGGACCUGUCCCAGAUCAAAUUCCCCAUCGAGAUGAAGAUUCUCAACAUGGUGAAGCACCGGAACAUCGUCAAGAUGGAGGGCUACUGCAUCCGCGGCAACUUCGGCGUGAUUCUGUCCGAGUACAUGCCUGAAGGAACGCUCUUUGAGCUAUUGCAUGGAAGAAAACCUCAGGUGGCUCUCGACUGGAAGGUUCGGCAUCAGAUCGCGCUUGGCGCGGCGCAGGGCUUGUCCUACCUGCACCAUGAUUGCGUGCCGAUGAUUGUUCAUAGAGAUGUCAAGUCAAGAAACAUACUGAUGGAUGCGGAUUUGGUGCCUAAAAUCACAGACUUCGGCAUGGGCAAGAUUGUAGGCGAUGAGGAUGCAGAUGCGACGGUGUCAGUUGUUGUUGGCACCCUUGGAUACAUUGCUCCAGAGCAUGGAUACAACACAAGACUGACCGAGAAGAGCGACGUCUACAGCUACGGUGUGGUGCUGCUCGAGCUCCUGUGUAGGAAGAUGCCGGUAGAUCCUGCUUUCGGAGACGGAGUUGACAUUGUGGCAUGGAUGAGACUGAACCUGAAGCAUGCUGAUUACUGCAGCGUGAUGAGCUUUCUAGAUGAGGAGAUAAUGUACUGGCCUGAAGAUGAGAAGGCAAAGGCGCUGGACUUGUUGGAGUUGGCGAUUUCCUGCACUCAGGUGGCUUUCGAAUCCAGGCCUUCCAUGAGGGAGGUGGUGAGCACCUUGAUGAGAAUAGAUGAUCAGUAUAUAUAA